AUGGAGAUGAAUUUUGAAUAUAGCCUCGGAAAAAGGUCGCUGCCUGAGGGUGAUCGUCAGGGCAUAUCUGGAGCCGGCGCUGGAUAUGACAGCAUGCGGGACGUCGGUGGCAGGGUGCUGAGGAGGCGGGCCCCUGUCGUCCAAGAAGCAACAGCCCCCCAACAAAGUGGUAGCCAAACAACAACUAGUGCCACCGCUGCCGAAAGUGCUGCACAGGAAUCUCAGCCAGUGCUCACUCAAGCAGGUCUCCCUAGAAGACGUAUAAAGUGGACGGUGUCCAUGAAUGAGUCAAUCAUGCGAAUCUUCUACAAAGUUACCAACCUAGGUAGAGAAACAAUCGGCUACAGACCACGACUUCAUACCGCUUUCUGUAGUGAAUAUCCGGAGAUCAAAGUAUCUCAGCAGAGAGUGGCAGACCAAUAUCGAGUGAUAAUCAAAAAUAAUCUUAUCCCACAACCACGGCUGAAUGCCAUCAAACAGGAAGUGCAGCUUGAUCUUAUGCAACAAGAAGGGAGUAAUAACGAAAUACGCGAUAAUGGUCAAUCUGAGCAAGAACAGAUAGAAAGUGAACAGCCUGGAGUUGACGACAGUAAUGAUCAAGACACAGAAAUAUUUGGUAUAUUAAUAACUGAAAUGGGUAGAGCAUAUGCCGAAUUUGAUGGAACGAACCCGCUAGAAAGACCACCAUUACCAAAGUUGAAGUCAUCUAGAAAGCUUGCUGUGGUAUUGUGUCAGUUAAAUAAACAGAUCCUGCCAGAGUAUCUAGCACACUCCAACUGUAUAGAACAACUUCACACACUGAUAUACUGUGCAGCUGUUGCAACAGUAAGAACACUUGGUGUCAAAAUGCCAACUCAAAAGAUUACUGAAAAUUCAGUAAAACCAAUAACACCAAAAUGGGAAAAACGUCUGGAAAGAAGAACGGCAGAAAUUCGCAGAGAUAUCGGACGUCUUACCCAAUUCACACGAGGAAUAACAACUCGAAAAGUCCGAAAGCAAGCUAUGGAAAUAAUGCAACGACUCCACCAUCAUUCUCACCAAGACGCAACUAACAUCAACGAGUGGCAAUGCCUUGAUACCUUGAAGCAAAAACUGUCCGUAUAUACUCAGCGAUUGAAAAGGUAUAAAGCGUCCAGUCACAGAAAGCACGACAAUGCGCUCUUUCAACGAUCCGAAAAGGCAUUCUACAGGAAACUGUCAUCCGAACCCCAGGAAAAGAGCAAAACGGUGCCCACAAAGGACCAAGUAGAGGAAUUUUGGGGCAAGCAGUUUGGCUCGACAGCUUAUUACAACAAGUGUGCAGGAUGGAUUACAGAUGAAGAAGCGAAGAGCCAUUAUUGCAAUCCCAUGCAGUAUAGGGCAUAUACCAAACAAGAAAUCGUGGAUAUCGACCAGGUCAUUCCUACCAACAAUUACAAGAGGUUCAUACUUAAGAACUUGCAACAGUCUGAUAAAUGCAGGUACGGCUGUCAGGACUCCGAAACAAUACAGCACGUAACUGGUGGAUGCCAAGCAUUCGCUCCAACGGACUAUAAGGAGCGCCACGACAUAGCUGCCAAAAUCAUUCACCAGGAGUUGGCAUACAAAUUCAAACUGAUCGAAUGCAAGCUACAGUACUACAAAUAUACACCGCAAUGUGUCCUCGAGAACGACAAGUAUAAACUAUACUGGGAUCGCACUGUGCUUACGGACCAAUACGUAAAACAAAACAGACCUGACAUAAUCAUUGUCGACAAGGACGCCCAGAAAGUAACACUGAUUGAUGUGGCCAUACCUAAUAAUCCGACAAAAAAGCCUCGGCUACCCAAACUAUUUUGCAACCCAACGGCAGCUAAAAACCUACGUGAAAUGAACAGAAUUAUCGCUGCUGAUAUUAGCGACCAAACAGAUUUUAAGGACCUACACGCCAUGAUCUAUGCUGGGGCGUUCGCGGUUCUAAAGCUAAACGAUCAGAGACCUACAGAUGUUACAAGUCGGAAAGGAACUAAAAGGCAGCCAGCUUGGGAAAGGAGGCUAAGCAAGAACAUAGAUAAUAUCAGGAGCGAUAUAGCUAUCCUAACGCAGUACCAAAAACCGACAUACAGCCAAAGAGUGAAAAAGAAAGGGGACACAAUAAUGCGACGAUAUACAUCGGAAGAAAACCCAACCAUAGUCGAAGUUUUGGACCUUCUAAAGCAGAGACUAUUAGCCUUAUCUCAAAGAGUGAAGAGAUAUAAGAAGAGCAGCCAACGUCGUAAACAAAACAUCCUAUUUCAUAGAAAUCAGAGAGCAUUUUAUAAAUCUGUGGGCAAAGAAUCAGAUCGUACACUACAAGGAAAAACAUCAUUUCCUAACACAGAAGACAUAAGACACUUCUGGAGCGGUAUAUGGAGCAACCCCAGAGAACACAGAACAGCGCAUUGGUAUCAGCAAGAGAAGGCUAGAACUUCCAUACAAGCAAUGCUGUCUUGGACCAUAACUAAGGAUGAUGUAGUGAAAGCAAUAGGUAGGACUUCCAAUUGGAGAGCUCCAGGGCCAGAUGGUGUUCACAAUUACUGGAUAAAGGCAUUUACUUCCACCCACCAACAACUUGCGAAAUGCUACUCAACAUUCCUCGAGAGGCCGGAAACUAUCCCAGAAUUUCUAACAACAGGAGUUACAUACCUGAUCCCAAAAACUGAACAAUAUACUGCUGAUCCCGCAAAAUACAGGCCAAUUACUUGCCUUUCUACAGCGUAUAAACUCCUUACUGCUAUAUUGGCUGACAAAGUACAUAAUCAUUUGGAACGUAACAACUUAUUGGAUGAGGAACAGAAGGGAUGUCGGAAGGGCUCAAGAGGAUGUAAAGAACAACUGAUAAUCGAUGAAAUAAUAACGGGUAGUGCCAGAAAAAAGAAGUCGCCCUUGUUCACUGCAUACAUCGAUUAUCAGAAAGCAUUUGAUAGUAUUCCACAUUCAUGGUUAACGGAAGUGCUACACCUUUAUGGCAUAGAAAACCAUAUCGUGAAACUAUUGACCUAUGCAAUGUCCAAAUGGAAAACGCGUCUCUGUCUUAACACCCCAGACUCGCAGAUAGAUGCUGGAGAAGUCAGUAUAAAACGAGGGAUCUUUCAGGGCGACUCUCUAAGCCCGCUAUGGUUUUGCCUAGCUUUACGCCCACUAACAUCGCUGUUAAACAGUCAAGAAAAAGGCGUAAAGAUUGCCGAGGAUGGUACACAACUAUCUCAUCUUUGGUAUAUGGAUGAUCUGAAAUUAUUUGCAGAGAAGAAGGUCACCUACAUGCGCUGUUGGAUUGUGUGA